AUGGCUGAGCCAAAUGAAACAAAAUCUACCGUAACCCAACCACCCACGCCAGGUGCAGCCAGUCGAAUACUUCGGGCUUUUGAAGAGAUUCAACGAGAACCGCCUCAGAAUAUGAGCAAUUUUGAGCUAGUUGAUUCAUCCAAUCCUAGUGUUUGGCGAGCAAUAGUUCACGGCCCAGAGAACACUCCCUACGAAGGUGGACGUUUUAAAGUUUUGAUCGAAUUUCCUGCUAGCUACCCCUUUAAGCCACCUACCCUUCGAUUUGAUCCUCGGUUGUAUCAUCCAAAUGUUCACGAAGAUGGCAUGGUUAGUUUAUCAAGUCAAGACGCCACAGCAUGGUCACCUAGAUCUCAGGUGGGACCUUUAUUGUCAUCUGUUACCAUGUUGUUAAUGGAGCCAAAUCCUGCUGAUAGUCCGGCGUAUGCAGAAGCUGCGGCACUUAUGUUAAAUAAUAAAGAAGAAUUCAACAGAGUAGCCAGACAAUGGACAAAAGACAAUGCCCAAUAG